ACAGGGUAAGCGCGCGGCGUGCGGCGUGGCUUGACUGCAUUCAAUUCAGUUGUUGACCAGCCUUGAGCUAACCGUCGCUCCGCUCUGUAGUUGGUACGGGUUGUGUACUCGAUAUUCGCGUCAAAGUUUUGUUUUUGCUUUGAAAAUGAAACAGACACGUUUGCCAAAGUUCGUAACAAACUGAGGUGAUGGUGAUAGUGAUGAAUGCUGAGCAGUUUUGUUUGUGUUAAGAGUUAAAACCAACACAUUCCUUAUGUGAUUGAAGUGAAGUGAGAUUGUUAAAUCGGAGUGAAAUAUUUGUUAAGUUGUGUUGCAAGAUGUCUUGGAGGAUUUGUUGAACCAUAUUAAAAAUUGAUUAGAAAGUUACAACAGCGCCAACAUGGGGACCCACUGGUUGCUUUCACCAGUUACUUGGCUGCUGAUUUGUACAGUAAUUGGUCAUGUCUGGAGCGAGGAUGAGCAACACGACGCGCGAGAAGGCGACGACGUGACGAUGCAGUGCCGGUUCGCGCUGGAUCCUCUCCCUGGAGAGUCGCUCACCUACUACUGGGUGAGGAGCACUGCUUCGGGCCACGACAACGUCGCUAUUGGCAACCUCCCCUUGGAAACCAAUUACCAGAUCCUGUACGCACCAUCGGAAGGUCGUUUCGACUUAAUGGUGUCGAAUGUCACAUACGAGCGGGACAACGGUCGGUUCGAGUGCCGGGUGAAAGCGGGAGGGUCGGGCCGCACUCUGCACUCGCAGGGACACAACCUUGUGGUGCUGACGCAGCCGCAGCCUCCAGUGUUGAACACAGGGACGCAGACGCAAGCACAGGAAGGCAGACAACUCAAUUUGACUUGCUCAAGUACGGGCGGGUCACCUAGUCCUACGAUACAGUGGUUUCGCGAUGGAUCCAUACAUCCUAUGGAGGCGGCGAUGGUGGUUGGGAAGACGCGUGUGGAACCUACAGUAGCAAUACUGACUCUAGAACCGAAUCGGGACGACGACGGAGCCACAUUUCGUUGCGUUGUGCGAAACCGCGCGAUGCGUGAAGGACAGCAGCUGGAAGCAACCGUGGGGCUAAGCGUUAACUAUUUUCCACGCGUUGAAGUUGGUCCAGAGAAUCCCCUACGAGUAGAAAUCGAUUUAACUGCAGAAAUGGUGUGUAAAGUAGACGCUAAGCCUAAAGUUAGCACUGUUAGAUGGACACGAGAUGGAAAAUACAUUUCCAAUUCAUUUAAUCAUAUCAUCCAAGGAGUAACCGUGCAGGAUGCGGGCAAGUACAUAUGCAGCGCUGACAAUGGGCUCGGUCAUCCGGGUGAAAACGAGAUAUUCUUAGAUGUCCUCUAUCCGCCUAGUGUUACUGUAGACUCUAAAACCUACGAAGCGGAGGAAGGGGGCACUGUAGAAAUUCGAUGUGAUGUUUCAUCUAACCCUGAUCCUAUAUCUGUCGAGUGGACAAGAGAAGGAAGAACCGAUUUCCGUCAGAAAGGAAACACUUUAUUACUGACAAGAGUAAACGCUGAUAUGGCAGGGACUUACGUCUGCCGAGCUAUAAAUAUUAUAUCACCCAGCAGCGGUAACAAAGCAGAACGGACUGGCUCUGCCUCCGUAGCUGUACUCGUGCGACAUAAACCUGGCCGAGCUUACAUUAGCCCCGAUCAUCCGAUAGCUCAGGAAGGCGCAGGAGUAGUGUUAACGUGCAGUGCCAAACCGCCUGGCUGGCCUGUCCCUCAGUACCGCUGGUUCCGCGAGAUCGAAACUGGCGAUAUAAAGUCUUCCGUCCUCGCUACAGGCAAUAAAUAUACCAUACCCAGUGCACAUCUAGGUAGCGAAGGAGUGUAUCACUGUCAGGCCACGAAUGAACUAGGUCACAGCGAACUUGCUACAGUAAAUCUGGAAGUAUACCAACCCCCUCGUUUCCAAUCUAAAUUACAACCCCACGUUAUUAAGAAUUCUGGCGAGAGAAAUUAUUCGCUGACUUGUGUCGCACUCGGCAAACCCCUACCCAAUGUAAAAUGGUACAAGAAUAAUGCCGAAAUUCACCCUGAUGCUAAUUUAUACGAAGUUAAAACAGAAAUAAAUGAAAGUAGAAAUGCAGUGUAUAAUAUACAAAGUGUACUCAGAUUUCAUGGAAAAGCUCGACCGAACGGCGAUGACUUGUUGCCUGCAGACAGAGGUGUAUACUCUUGCUCAUUUGAAAAUGAAGUUAAAAAAGUAGAGUCGUCCAUGCAGUUACGAAUCGAACAUGAACCCAUAUCAAUCGGUCAGCAAAAGAAAGUGGCGUAUGACCUAAUGGAAAACGCAGAAAUAUCAUGCAGGGUUCAGGCCUACCCUAAACCGGAAUUCCAAUGGUUCUACAGCUCCAACCCGGCACCACUGCACAUGUCCUCAGAUGGACAUUACGAAAUUAUAACGACGACUGAUGAGAACGAUUCAUAUUUGAGCGUUUUAGUGAUUAGGAACGUUAAAGCGCAAGAUUACGGAGAUUAUUAUUGUAAAGUGAAGAAUUCACUGGGAAACAUUCGUCCACAAAUAAGGUUACAACCAAAAGGUGCUCCAGAACCGCCAAAGAAUUUAGCUACGCAGAAAGUUGAUGCAACUUACGUCACUUUAAAAUGGGAAGAAGGUUUUAAUGGUGGGUUAUCGAACACAAAAUAUUUUGUGCUGUUUCGCCGAGUUAGAAACCCAGUGGGAGGGGAACAUUGUACAGCGGAUCGAGCUGAUGAAUUUGACUGGAAAGAAUACGAUUGCGGACGUUCCAAUCCUUGCAAUGUCACCCGUCUUGAGCAGCACAACUCUUACUAUUUCAAGGUGAAAGCAGUAAAUACAAAGGGGCAAAGCAAUUAUUCAAACGAGUUAUCGGUGACGACUAAAGUGGAUAAGAUCUUGCCGCCGGAACAUGUGACGUAUAACCCGAGCUCGACUUUGAUAAGCUUCAGCGUUGGAGCUACUUGUCUUCCACUUGUUGCAGUGGUCGAGGGAGUCGGCCAGGGAGGGCCUGAUGGAUGGCAGGUGGUGGAAACAAUACCUUUGCGUUUGUCCGGCGUGGGAUCCGUGAUGCAAGAAGCGACUUUAGACCCGCCCAACCGCGGACAGGAUUCGAUGGAUUACGUCCGCCAAUAUCCUCGGAUGAGAGUCAAACUUUGCUUGAAGACUAACCACAACGUUUGCAGCGAAGACGUUGUAGCUGAUAUUGGCACAUCAUAUACAAAGGAAGCCGUAGCUCUAACGACUGCUACCGUCGUAGCUAUAAUAGUCUCAUGCCUCGUCUUUCUCUUGUUCCUGAGUCUCCUAUUUAUAUUCUGUCGCUGCAAGCGCAACGAGAACAAGAAGGAAACCACCAAAGAUUAUGAAAUGGAUUCAAUGAGAUCGCCUAUGGGAUCGCCUCAGAAUCAGGCACCUCCGCCUUAUUAUCCUAGUACGGGGAUGGAAAAUAAAGCACUUGAAAACUCUAUGGAUAUACCUUUGUCUAUGGACGAUUCCAAGAACGCUGUGUAUGCAACCCAAGGCGGGUAUGGAUACCAUAUGGCACCGCAUACGCAAACACAUCCUGGCCAGAACCUGUCUAAUACUGAUUGGGUGAACAUGGGAUACAUAGAGAACAGUUACGCGAACAGCAACAACGGCGGCAGCGUCAACUCGCAAGACUCCCUGUGGCAGAUGAAGAUGACGGCUGCCGGCAACCCGCCCGGGAUACCUUCCCACCAAAUGAUUGACCGACAGAGCAAUUAUGGGUACGAUCCGAUCACGCACGGAGGGUACGGGACCAUCGACGACUACGCGCCGUACCCGCCGCUGCCGCACGGCGCGCACGUGCCCGCGCCGGACUACGGCAUGCGCACGUCGCAGAACCCCUCGCGGCAGGACUACUGCUCCGACCCCUACGCGUCCGUGCACAAACCGAAGAAACGCAUGGAUCAGCAUAUCGAGUCUCCGUACCACGAAGUGAGCGGUCUACCGGAGAGCUACGGCGGCGAGGACGGCGGCGCGGAGGAGAAGCCGCCGCACCUGUCGCUCAGCUACGACGAGUCGCUCGAGUCCGGCUACUCCACGCCCAACUCCCGCGCGCGCAGAGUCAUCCGCGAAAUCAUAGUCUAAAUACCCUCCACUCGCUUAAGUUGCUACCAAGAUAUCGACCACCAGACCAUAAGACCACAGGGGGAUCGAUUCGGUAAACUGGCAGCUACGAGUUGCAGUGUGACGUUCCCAAUCAGCUCUAUUGGCUGACGCUCUUUCACUGCUAUAAUCUUAUAGGUAUCUACAAUGCAUUGUUGCAUCAAGAAUAGGUACUCUAAAUUCAGCCAAUCAACAAUUGAGACUGUAGCAAUGUGAUGCAGUGCAUUGUCCAUAUCCCCAUCUGCUACACAUGAUGGCAGUUUUGAUUUUUGAGGCAGCUCGGAAAAACACAUCUUGUGUUCAUUCCAUUUCUGGAUUCCAUUCCACUGCUGGAGAUUAUUCCGAUUGUAGUACGUCGCGUCGGUGCAAUGCCUUCAGCUUCCUUGAAUUUUUCAGGGAGGAUUUAGAGUUACAACAGUCCGUAUUACGCUUUGUAAAGUCCUGGAUAUAUGAUGGCAGAACGUUACACUGAACGCGUGUACAAUUUGUAAAGAUGCAGAUAAAGUACUGUAUUGUGGAGACUGGAGUGGUGUGAUGUGACAGAAGGCGAUCAGCGUUGAAAACAUUUUAUAUGAAGACAUGUUUUACAUAACGACACUAUUCCGUCCUGGCAUAGCGCACUUACGCUCAAAUUGCUCCGGUUAUUAAUCGUCACGCCAGACAGACACCAUAACACAGUAGUCUGUCUGCACCUGCAUACUGUAUGAAGCAUGUUACACUACAGAGGGCGUUGGCAGCAACGCACCUUCCUUGCGCAAUCUGCAGUGUAAAAUCCCUCAAACAAUUCUUAGGCUAAGGUCUAUAAACCGUACUUUGACUUUGCUCCAUCUUUGCUCAGACUUAAGACGGAGUUAAAACGAGACAGAUUUACAUAUGUAUUUCUAAAUCUGUCGCGUUUUAACUGCCAAGUCCUACGAUGAAGAAUUAGUACUUAAGUCUGAGCAAAAUGAAAGUGCGCUAUAUAAAUCUCAGCUUUAGCUCUCGAGGUUUGUUGUGGGUGAUUCGGACUUCAGGUUUUUAGUUCGAUCACUCUAAUAACUUCAUCAUACGACUUAACACAUUACAUUCACUAUGUGCAUAUUCAUGUCAUGUUAAGGUGGAAACAUACUAUUAACACACUAUACCCAUCUUGACGCCACGCAACGCGUUUUAAUCCAAAUGACCUACUUAAAAUACAUAGGUACUAAUAGAAAUAGAUAAAAGCGUCUACAAAUGAACCGCAGCAGCAUGAGACUGCUGUGGUUAGUUUGGAUACGCGUUGCUUUUCCUUGUAGCGCAACCAGUGUAUAUGUCGCAGGUAUAUUGGUUGAAAAAGAAUUGUCCAAUCAGAACGCUUGACGUCUACCACUGCCAACUUCACUCAUAAUAUACCUAUAUUUAUUAUGUCACUAAAACCAGGCCGAUUGUAAGAAAUGAAGUCAAUUGACAAUCUACCGUUUAAUUAUAGUAUCACUAGUGAGAUUGUAAUACUACGGUUUUGACAAUAUACCUUCGACAUAUGUAUAUAUGCGUAGCCACCUGGGUAUCAGCGGCGGACUAAGUUCCUCGGAGGCUCGGGGUGGCAUCGCUUAAUGAGGUCCCGUUCUCUGUUAAUAAUAAAAUGUAACGGCAGGCGUAGCGAACGCGAAAAAAAUUCUUUUACUUUAUAGAAACGAUCUUAUUUGUAUCUUUUCACUCUUUAGUUUUUUAUGAGGCUUUCCAACUCCAAACCUAUUCUAUUUCACUGAACAUUUCGGUAUUUUUCUAAACUUCUCAAGGUUGGAGGCCCCCUUGGCCUCUCUCUUAGUCCGCCACUGCUAGGGAUGCCUAUUUGUUUCGACUGGGGUACAACCCCGCCGGCUGCAUUUGCACGCCAAGUUGAGCCUCAUGAGGAGGCCGCGUUUGAACUCGGCUAUUUUCAUACGACUACGCAUUGCGUGACGUUGAAUCGGGUGACAUGUUGUAUGUGUUUCUGACUUAAAUGUUGCGUCCAGUUCCAUCCCACGCGUAUAAGAUUAUAUUUUAUGAUGAAUUAAAACUAAGGUUUUAAUUUCUGCCUGAUUUAAUUAUAUGUAUUUAAAUUAGGAAUUCAUAUAAAGACUUAUUGUUGGAAUUAGUUUAAGUUUUAGUUAAUAUUUUUAUACUGCCAAAAUUCCAAGUCACUAUACUUACCUACUGUGUAAUAUCUACUCUGCCAAUUCGGUAUCACUAUCGUAAUAUGUAUGUAUUAUAUCAUUCAUUGAGAAGUAUGUUAAGAAUUAAGAGAGUACUUAAUAGAAAAUAUAUUAUACUUACCUAUUAAUUAUUAUUUUCUAAUAUGAUUGAAUAUAUGAUCUCUUUAAAAUAAUGAAUAAUUACAUACACAAACUUAAUGUAUCACCGUCAAUUUUCUCCUAAGCAUACUAAGGGCAGACACUAGAUUCUUCUUCAAGAUGAUCUAUGGGAUGCCGAGUUCGCACACGGUCGCACGUGUGAUAUCAGCAGUAUCGGGCGCAUUAUAAUCAAAUAAGUCACAUUAAGAGAUGAAUUCUGCAUUUUUUUUACAUCGAUGCACCAUAUUUUGUUACCACCCGCGUCAGCAAUCACUCGACACCUGUAUUUUCAGUACCUAAGUACUGAAAAAUGCAUUUUUUGAGACGGUAGUUGAGCCACCUGCUGGUCUUGCGGCCUUAUGCAAUCCACGUAGUGCAUCGUACCUACGCAUAAAGUCUAGGAUAUAUACACUGAUUGAUAGUGUACUAAUUUAAAAUGACUCAUUUUAUGUAGGUACUUACUUAAUUGAUUUUAAUUUUACUUAUAAGACCUUUAACUGAGAAAUUUUUAUUUGGCAUAUCAUCAAAUCAUUAGCUAUCUUAAGAGACCUACAUAUCUACUUAAUUGGUAGGUAAAGUUUUAAAAAUAUUCAAGGAACACGACCUGUUUCUGACUGGAUAAUUUUCACCGCUAUAGAAAAUUCAAAAUUACAUACCUACUCGUAAGUACCGUAUUUAUAGUAUGGCAACGGGGUGGGGACGCCCCGUACACGCAGCCCGCGCGCUAACCCGGUGCGGGAUAGCAUGGGUGACGUGGUGGUGUACGGGGCGUCACGCUCCCCCGCCUCAUUCCCCGAUUGCCAUCUCGACCUGUCGUUACUAUAGGUACAACGUAGUAUGCUAGGUAGUUAUUAUCAAAUUAUCCAUUCCUUGACUUUAGUGCCAUUAUUGAUUGGAACACAUCAAACAAAAAUUUUAUUUAGAAAAAAUUCAAUCAAUUUUUAAAUUAGGUAAGUACUUAAGUAAGUAUAUUAUAUUUUUAGACUUUUUUACACCUCUUUAGGUUUUACAAAUGUAUAGACGAACUACAAAAUGUUAACAUCGAAAUAAUCACAAAUUAACAUCAUACCUAAUUAAAGUCAUAUUUCAAGCUUUAGACGCGCGAGAUGAAUGCCAUCGGAGCCUGGUUUUUAAAAUUAUGUACAUUUAUUUUCAGCCACGAGGUACCUAAAUAAAUAUAAAGGUACUUACUCGUAUAAUAGACAUUAAGUUGAAGUGCGUACUAAGUACUGACCAGGAAUAUUCGCUUGUAAUAUAACAGCGAGGAUUCGAACGUUAUAUCGUACGAUAAGCCGAGCAUUACAUUUGUGCACUUUAAAUUUGUAAUGAAUGAUGAUACAACUUUGAACAUUGCUGUAAUGAGCAGCUUAUAAUUGCCGAAUGUUCCUGUGAUCAGUACUGCACUGUAAUAUAAAGGUCAGAAUACACCAGAGCAUUUUAUAGAAAACUUCCAUGUAAUAUAACAUUACCGCGUACACUGUACACCGUGACUAUUACUACGAACGGUGAAUACAACGUCUCGCGUGUACGUUUCAAUGUUGGAUUUGAAAGUCGCGAAUUACAUUGAAAAUAAAUAAUUUAUUAGGUAAUACAUUUAUUUAUUUAUUAAAAUUACUUGCCCGCGCUUGUCUUUGUUUGACGAAAUGUAGCACAAAUUCGCUCGUUGGUUUGUAAAAUCAAGUUGUAACAAAUACGUCGAUCGUCCUGCUCAAUUUUUGGUUCGUGAAAGGGUGACACAUUCGAUGAAAUGAUGGUUCUUUUACAAGUAAACGCUGGAAUGUAUACUCACCCUAAAUCAAAAUGAAAUUUCAAACUGUUAUAUUACAUCAAUACUCCUAGUUGAGUCAGUACUCACCUGUAAAUACUUAUGUUAUCUCAUUGUGGAUUCUUACUUUAGCUACAGUUGGCAUACUUAGACAAUUAUAUAGUUCGCGCAAUCCUCAAGAUGUCAUUUAUCUCGCAUUCUACCUGUACCUAGGUAGGUAGCUUUUCAAAAACUUGUUUUCAAGUUUAGUUAGUUAAUAUUAGUUAUAUUUCGUUUAAUCGUAGAGGUAUUUUUAAAUACUAUCAAAUUGACAGCUUUUACGCAAUAAUCACAAAUUAAUGAUUUAUGUAUUAUUAACUUUACUGUUUUAUGUACCCUUAGAAUUAGGUACAUACUAGUUAUUUGUUGUAUUUACUAUUUGUAAGCAUAGAAAUACUUAGUUCUUAAAAAAAAAAAUUUAUUACUAGAACAUAUUAUAUGUUUGUUGAAUAGCUUCCAGGUUUGGAUACAUUUGACAUGAACUCGAUACUUAAAUCUCAUUUCAUUAAGCUAGGUGUAAGUAUUCUUUGUCAUAAAUUAACGAAAUAGGCCCACCUUUUUCAAGUAGAUUUAAUUCCUUUUUUAUAUAAAACAGGUGCUAUUUUAUUGGACUGACUCAUCAAGAAUAUAAUAUUAUGUUAGAUGCACUAAAAGCAAUAUAAUUUCCUUCCGUGUCUUUGUUAAUUUUAAGUUACUCAUACUCAAAUUACGCUGACUUUAUAAUUUAAUGUAAUAGAUAUUUUAUAGUCUAUUAUAAAUUAGGCCUCUCCGUUGUUGAAAUUUUUGAUUUAAUUUUUCCUGUGAGCAAUAUAUCUAAGUAUAUCUUCUAAAUUACUUAACCUCCAGAUAUAAUAAUAAAAUAUACAAUGUACAUAACAUAAGAUUUGUAUUAACCUCCUACAAUUUCAUUGUUAUGUAUGAACUUGCCUUCUCUUAAAUGACGUAGGUUUAUUUUUGCUGGUGCUUGAAUAUACACUGUAAGCAUAUAGGUACCUACCUUUAUCAGAUAACGGUAAAAGUUGCAUUUUAUACAUUAGACAUUAUACUUUGGGUCCUUACAUUAGGUAUUUACGAGGUUCUAAAGCACUAUCAAAGCCCCCUAUAAAGGUGCGUCUAGAUGACUAUGAUAAAUCUUUAGUCUAGUCUAAACUAUAUAACAUAAGAUGGUUAUAUAACAUGUUUCAAAACGUUUUUAAUAAAGAAAAUAAUUUACCCACUGUACUUACUACUGUCGAAAAUGUACUUAUUACAUGCAAAAUAUAUGACAUCAACCGUCUGUGCCUACUGUAAUAAUAGUAAGUAGGUACAAAGGUAGAAGAUUGUUUCAAAUAGGUAUCAAUGUUAUAUUAAUCUGUGUUUACUUUUUAAGAUACCUAUGGAUCCAUUGUGGAAAAAUAUUUACGAUGUAAAAAAAAUUCAUGCUAGUACAUAAAAUUAACUGCAUACUUACUACAAUUUUUGCCUCAUUAUAUUUUUUGAAAGUACAGUCAAUAUCAAAACUCACAGAAAAUGUUCCUCGCUUUUUUCUUUCCUAGUUUAAAAGAAGGUAUUUAGGAAACUCUGAACGUACUUAAGAACACGGAUCAAAAAUUCUAAUUUAAAUGUUAGGUACUUUUUAAAUUAUGUAUAUUUAGUAGCAUUCUCUUCACAAGGUAAUUCACACUCUCAGAAUUAUAGAAACCUGUCUAAUAAAAGUAAGUGUUUAGCUUUCUAUGCCACAGUUCUCUGUUUUAAUACGAGGAGCAGAUGAAGAUGGUCAUCCGAGGUCGCAAAUGCAAAUCGAAGUUCCGAAAUAAAUUUUCAUAAAAGUAAUCUUCGAAAUAGGUCCGUAGUUUUUGAUAACCUUCCAAAACUUUUUUAUGUUGUUUUACUUUACCUAGUAAAAAAAUAUAAAAAAAUCACAUAUAUGACUUCUGUUCUUGACUGUACAGUAAUACUUAGUAUUUAAUUCAAACAGAAAUAAGCUGAUUUACUGCUUUGUGCAUUAAAUUGAUACUCAAUACUCCUGCGCAUAACAUCCACACAUUAUUUUAAUACUCAUUAUUCAAUUUUUCAAAACUGCGCAAAUCUCUAGUCUUAAACUACGUAAUAACAAUUGGAAAAAGCAAUUUUGAUUUUAUGCUAAGCAGACUUGAUAUCCUAGCAUCAGACGUACAAGACUUAACAAUACGUCCUGUAUAUUCUAAAGGUGCGUCCUGAAACAUGUUUUCAAAUACAUAUUUCAUUAUUGUAUAACAUUAACAGUUAUCUUGACCACAUGUUAUAUAACAAUGUUAAAUUGUGGAUGUUUUAUGUUAUAAAAGUUUUUAACAUAUUACUCGAUCUGGAGUCCCGUAAGUAUAUUUAAGCAUUAUCUAAUAAACCGUGACUCAUUUAGUAGCGCCAAAACAACUAUAAAUUCUGAUGUUUGAUUAAUAAGAUAUUACAAUUAUUCAGGUAAUUAGAUAGGUAUGCUUUUUGUAAAUUAUAGAUGUAAGAACAUGCAUAUUUUUUAAGGAUUACUGUACUUAGGACGCCAAACGUUAAUCGAAAGAAAAUACGCCAUAUUUUAGAUAUAAGUUCAUAAUAUUCAUUAUACUUAUCUGUUGCAACAAUAAAAUGAAUUUGUGGAACCACUUUGUAAAUAUUAUAUUGAUUUAGUUUAUUUCCUACUACUGUAACGUUCGGAAAAUAAAUGUUUCUCACUGA